CCCCGCCCGCUCGGGGCUCGGCUGGCGCUGCCUGCCCGCCCCCACGUGGCCCCGCGCCAUGGCCGCUCCGCCGCGUUCCGCUGGUGCGGCCCUUCUGCCCUCCGCCAGCAGCGCAGGCCGAGCCCCACGUCGCGCCGCCCGCCAGGUCCCCGAGGAGCUGCUGAACAAUGCGGAGCUGCGGGAGGCGGUGGGGGCUCUGCCCUCCAACUACAACUUCGAGAUCCCCAAAACCAUCUGGCGGAUCCGGCAGGCGGGAGCCAAAAAAGUGGCCCUACAGAUGCCGGAGGGGCUGCUCAUGUUUGCCUGCACCAUUGCUGACAUCAUUGAGCGGUUUACGGAUGCCGAGGCGGUGGUGAUGGGCGAUGUGACCUACGGCGCGUGCUGCGUGGAUGACUACACGGCGCGGGCUCUGGGCGCUGACUUCUUGGUGCACUAUGGACACAGCUGCCUGAUCCCCAUCGAUGCCACGCGUGGGCUGAAGAUGCUCUACGUCUUCGUGGACAUCAAGAUCGACACAUCCCAUUUCCUCGACACCGUCCGCUUCAACUUUGCCUCGGGCUCUUCCCUGGCCCUGGUCAGCACCAUCCAGUUCGUGGCAGCCGUGCAGGCGGCCUCACAGGAGCUGCGGUCGCAGUACAAGGUGUGCGUGCCCCAGUGCAAGCCACUGUCCCCCGGUGAGAUACUGGGCUGCACAUCGCCCCGGCUCGCACGGGACACUGAUGCCAUUGUCUAUUUGGGAGACGGCCGCUUCCACCUGGAGUCCAUCAUGAUUGCCAACCCGGGGAUACCCGCCUACAGGUACGAUCCCUACAGCAAGGUGUUCUCGCAGGAGCACUAUGCCCAUGACCGCAUGCACAGGGCCCGGCAGGACGCUAUCCACACCGCUGCCCGUGCCCAGUGCUGGGGGCUGCUGCUGGGCACCCUGGGGCGACAGGGAUCUCCUGGCAUCCUACAGCACCUGGAGUCACGGCUGCGUGCCCUGGGCCGGCCCUUUGUGCGGGUGCUGCUGUCUGAGAUCUUCCCCAGCAAGCUGGAGCUCUUUGAUGGUGUGGAUGUGUGGGUGCAGAUCGCCUGUCCCCGGCUCUCCAUCGACUGGGGAGAGGCCUUCAGCAAGCCACUGCUGACACCCUAUGAGGCGGCGGUGGCUCUUGGGGACGUCGAGUGGCAGCAGCCAUACCCCAUGGACUUCUAUGCCAGUCAGUCCCUGGGGCCGUGGACGGCCAACCACACAGCUCGGCCGGCCCAGGAGAAGCCGCCCGUGCCCCCCAGCCUGAAGAAUGGCACUGAUGGGUCCCACAGUGCCCACCCGCCUGAGGACACGGCUGCCUCCUGAACGGGGUCCCGGUGGCCCCGCUGCCACCUGUGGGGACUUGGCAUGGGUAUGGCC